CAGACGAAUACAUUGUGACUACUCCAUUGAAUAAAAUCACAAAUUACAUACUUAUAUAUACUUCUUCUGUAUCGAGAGAAUUAUUUUGGAAUCGGAAGAGAAUAUGAUAAACGUAUAUGGAUUAAUACUUGAUAGUGAUUAGAAAAUAUAAGAGUAAGGGCCAAGAAUUCAUACGUAAACCAAUAGGUCAUCAUCCAUGAUCCACCCCCUAGGAGGAGGACCCUUCUACCCUGCAUCAUCACACUUUCCUCCGAGUUUUAUCUUCUUCUUCUUUUAGAGUAGUAUUAUACACCAAAUUAAUCCACGUGCUUUUCACUCCUCACUUAUAUAAACACUCUCUUUCCCAUAUCCUAACGACUAAUCUUAUUUCCCCCAAAUAAACUACUUCUAAAGUAGAAAAUUCCUACUCGCCGGAUUCUCUCCCGGAAGAUGGCCCUUGUUAAAGAACGCCGCCAACUCAACCUCCGUCUCCCCUUGCCGGAACACUCCGAGCGCCGCCCUCGAUUCCCUCUCCCUCUCCCUCCCUCCUCCGCCUCCAUUUCCACCACCACCACAUCCUCCUCCUCAUCAACCAACACAGCCGCCGCCGCCGCCAUAACAAUGGCCGACCUGGAAAAAGUCCAGGUUUUGGGCCACGGCAACGGCGGCACGGUUUACAAAGUACGGCAUAAGAGGACCUCCGCGAUUUACGCGCUCAAAGUAAUGCACAGCGACAGCGAACCCAACACCCGCCGCCAAAUAUUCCAGGAAAUCAACAUCCUCCGCCGGACCGAUUCCCCGUACGUCGUCAAGUGCCACGGGGUUUUCGAUCUUCCCGCCGGAGACAUGGCGAUUUUAAUGGAGUACAUGGACAGGGGAACCUUAGAAAGCCUGAUGAAAUCCGGCGUCGUUUUCGGCGAAGAAACAAUUGCCAAAAUCGCUCAUCAGGUCGUUCAAGGAUUGGAACACAUCCACGCCCGGAAAAUCACUCACCGGGAUUUAAAACCGUCGAAUCUGCUCGUCGACGGGAAGAUGAGAGUCAAAAUUGCGGAUUUCGGGGUGAGCAAAAUCAUGUGCAGAACAUUAGACCCCUGCAAUUCCUAUGUGGGAACCUGUGCUUAUAUGAGCCCGGAAAGAUUCGACCCGGAUACUUACGGCAAAGACGGGACUUACAAUGGGUACGCCGGCGAUAUCUGGAGUUUGGGAUUGACGUUGUUGGAAUUGUUUAUGGGUCAUUUCCCUUAUUUGCCGGAAGGGCAGAGGCCCGAUUGGGCGACUUUGAUGUGUGCAAUUUGCUUCGGCGAGCCGCCAUGUUUGCCGGCGACCGUCUCCGGCGAGUUCAGGGGUUUCAUUGAAUGUUGCUUGCAGAAAGAUUCAAGUAAAAGAUGGACUGCUUCUCAGCUUUUGAGUCAUCCCUUUUUGAAGAACUUCAGGGGAUGUUGACUCUCUUGAGUAAACAUUCAGAGAAUUUUGCGACCAAAAUCUGACUGAAAUAAAAACAGAGACUCUCAGAUUUUUUGGGUUGUACAUAUGAGAUGAAUCUUUUUUUGUUCUUCUUUGUACAUUCUUUAUUAAAAAUCUCUUCCUUUUUCAACAGUUAUAAGAGAAUGCUGUUGAAGAAAAUGGAUGUUCAAAUUCAUUCCUUUUUUUCCAAUGAUUUUGAUAUCUUUUUUUCUGAACAAUUUCUUGGUAAUACGGUAGAUUUGCCCUUGCUCUUCAACAUUUUUUUUUUUUUUAGCUAAUUUCUGAAGUUGAUCAUCAAAAUUUGAUAAACAGUUAAUACUAGUGAUCAUGACACAAUACAAAUUCAGUAAUUGGACCAAUAUUUUUCAUGUUACUAAGAACAAAUUGUUGAUUCGAAGAAAUCUUUGUUAAAUGGCACUAAAAUGUGCAGGAACAACUCAAGCCUAAGGAUCUUAAUCAUAUCUUUUGGCCUUAAACUAGAGAUUUAGUUGUGUUGACAGAUUUGAUUGAUUUUAUUAUUAUUAUUAUUUUUUUUUGAAACGGAGAGAAUAUAAUAUUUAAAAGUUAAUGAUUGAAAAGAUAGGAAGGAAUUCUGCGAGAAAUCAAGCUCGA